AUGGAGACUCGUCUAAGGGGUGAUAGGGCCAAAGAAAUUACGGAUAGACUUCUGUAUGAUGGUGCAAUUCACACAAACACCAUUGGGCGUGCCAGAGUUUUGUGGGUGUUGUGGAAUUCGAAGAAGGUGGAGGUGUUUCAGCUUGCUAGCACAGAGCAAGAGAUUCAUGUUUCUAUCAAGGUCCGUAAUUCUGAAUUUUCUUGGAUUUUUUCUGCUGUUUAUGCUAGUCCUAGGCUAGCUAAAAGGGCUAUCUUAUGGAAUAAUCUUUGUAGUGUAGCGGAUUCUCAUAAUCUUCCUUGGGUUAUUGCUAGGGAUUUUAACGAACCUCUUUGUGAUAAUGAUAAGUUUGGUGGGAGGAGUAUCAGUGUUAACAGGUCUUUGAUUUUUAAGGAGUGCUUAGACAGGUGCAAUAUGAUUGAUUUGGGAUUUUUAGGGCCAAGAUUUACUUGGUUGAAUCGCAGAGGUGUGAGUGAUCUGAUACAGGAGAGGAUUAAUCGUUUCUUUGUUAACCCGGGGUGGUACAAUCUGUUCCCUAAAGCUAGGGUCAUGCACCUUACCCGCUGUUUUUCUGAUCAUUGUCUGGUUUUGAUAGAGUCUAAGCCUAAGCCUUUGUUGGUUUUAGAGAGGCCAUUUAAGUUUCAGAACUUCUGGGCAUCUGACUCCUUUUUCCCUUCAGUGAAGAAGCUGAUGGCUAGGUUGAAUGGGAUUCAGCGUUCCAUUGCUGUGCGUCCCUCGGCUUCUCUCAUUGAGUUGGAAAAGAAGCUUCAUUCGAAGCUAGAGUUAGUGCUUGCUCAAGAAGAAGAGCUAUGGGCUUUAAAGGCUAGAUUAAAUUGGAUGGUAUUUGGUGAUCGUAAUACUUUGUUUUACCAUAUGUCAGCCAUAGUGAGAAGGAAAAGAAACAAGAUUCAAGCGAUUAAGAAUAGUGUCGGUGAUUGGUUGUUAGAUGAAAGAGAGGUUAUGGAAUACAUCAAGAAAAGCUUUAUGGAGCUCUACACCACAUCACAAAGCCAGGUCUCUUGGGAUGUCUCGAGUCAAACUAGGUGGCAACUCGGGCUGUUUGAGGAGGAGAAAAUAAGUUUGGAUGGUGAAGUGACAGAUGAGGAGAUUAAAGCAGCUCUUUGGUCGUUGAAAGCUUACAAAGCUUCGGGUAUUGGUUAG